AUGAUGGAUUUGCUGUUUUAUGUGUAAGUGCAGUCUAAUUAGUGUUUAUUAUUCUUGGGAUAAAUUACGUAAGCAUCUUCUUUCGCGCGAGGAUCAAAUCUUCGCCGCAAAAUUUUUAGUGCUGAAUCCUAUAAAAUUAGGCGUUAGUUACGUCAAGAUUGCAACAUAUUAUGUUCCUGAAAUAAUUUGAGCAUUAUUCUUAAACUUAGAGAAUAAUAUAAUCUUUCUGUGACAAUAUCAUCCCUGAGUAGUCGACAACUGUUUAACUCUAGCAUACUUCUCUGUGUAAAUCGGUUUAACCAAAGAUAUGUUUAAUUUUUGUGUUUUACUUUCUUUCUGUGAAAUCAUUACUGCUUACAACGUCAUUUAUUUGUAUGAAGUCAUUCUUGAAAUAAGUGUUAAAUAUGGGGACCAUCUUCGUGAGUUCUUUUUUACUCGCAAAAAAUGUCUGUUGGCCACUGUCCCUUUUUUGUGAUUAACUCCUUUGCCCAUAGCCCCAACAAAAACACGAACUACAAUAAAUGGUUGGAUAUUAUUAUUUCAAGCUUGUAGACAUGUUUUCAUAGGUAUAAGAUUAAAUCAGUUUCAGAUGGUUGACCUAACAAACGAACCAUAAGUGGAACCACUUAGGACAGUGUUUCUAUGUGAAUUACUUGGUAGAUCAGUGAUUAUUUCUUUUGACAGUCACACAACACAGAAACAAUUUAAUGACAGCUCCAGAUAUUUUGACUCCCAUUUUGUCCUUCAGCCAUUGUAAGAUGGAACUGUUUAUAAGAUUAAAAAAGCUCAAAAUCUAACAAGCUUACAUACUAGAUAUGAAAAAUGCAGUUGUAGUUUAUGUAUUAUUAGUGCCAUUACAUGUUAUCAAAAAAGGAUCAUAUAAUGAGUGAAUGGUGCACAACAAGAAGGUUCUAGUUUUUCUUGUCUUCUUAUCACCAUUUGCUUAUCACAUGAACUUACAGUACAAACUAUUUCAGCCAUGUACUUUCUCAUUACAGAAAUUAUUUAUCCUUAUUAUUAUAUUUUUCCUAGUUUUCCUCUUAAAGAGGGAUCUGCUGCAAAGUUUUGUACCUAUUUGUAAGCAAUACAAGAACUAUGAACAGUGUGUGUUUUUUUUGUUAAUAAUGAGCUCUGCAUCUUUGAACAAGAGAACCAAAGUCUGUGAAUUAGUAUGAAAGUCUUUCUGUCAAAGCUCACUGGUUUCUCGUUUUUUUGUUCAUUCAAGUAGUGAUGUGGUUCCUCUUUGUUGUGUUACUUUUUGCUAGCCACAUGAACUUUUAUGAUGUUGGUUUUGUUGUUACAUGUAAUAGAGGAGUCAUUGUAAUCUAAAGUUGUUAACUUUAAGAUGGAUUUUUUUCAGGAUUAUAAUAGUUGUGGUCAUCUUAAAACUUAUCUUCUGGAUAUUUUACUUCUAUGCAAGAAAUCGAAGACGACUUAUUGCUCAAGCAUUAAGGCAACAUAGUCAACAACAGGUCAGUUUUUGGUAGUGUAUUAUCCUUGCUAGUUUUAAAAUUUCUAAAACCUUUGUGAUGAGGUGUUAAGUCUUCUUUCUGCAACUUUCCCUGAGUCCCUGAAGCUGAGGCUGAUGUAUUUGUUCCUAAGUCCUAAAUUUAUUACCAAAAGUCCUUCCGACUCAGCCUAAAUCAUUGUUUUCUAACCCUAGUAGGUGUGCAUUAAUGCAAUCUUUGUCUCCACUGCAUGUCUGUCAGUUUACUGUUUAGCCUUUUAUGAUCUGUGUUAUGACAGUCCUUAGGGUUCCAAACUAUAGGAAUUGUAUACAGAAUUAGCUGAUUAAUCAGUAUGGUAUCAAUGAUUUUGAACAUUUUAAAGAUGACUACCCAGACACCAUCAAAUUUAAUUUCAGUUGUUAUUUUAUCUUUUUCCUUUUCCAUUGUUUUAUUGGUUUCAGAUUCCUCAGGGCCGCCAGUAUGAAGAGGAGCCUGCAGUUCCUCAGCCAGCUUAUGUUUUCACUGAGUACCCAUUUGGUGUCAAUGGUGUACCAGCAAACCUUCAAAAUCCUCCCGUGUAUUCAGUUGAGGAUCCUGUUAAAUUAGAUGAACCUCCACCUCCUUAUAUAAAUGAUGAUGACACAGGAGGACUCAUAGAGAACCAGGAGAACUGAAGUUUUAAUAGAGCUUGUACAUAUGCAUCAUAUGCAAUUUUACCUUCAGACCAGUUUUAGACUGUAAAUCAAAGGCACUUACCUGCUGUGGUCUCAGAUUAGGGUAGUAUCCAAGUCCAUGGCUGCAAAGACAUACAUCCAUUAACCAUAGAUAUUAGUAGCUAUAAAAAGACAGCUUCUGUAUAAGGAGAAGCAUUAGUGAGUGUUAGGGCUAGACGUUUCUUGCAUUCCAUGAACAUAAAAAAAAAUACAGAGACAAAGAGAGUUAUUAUAAAUCUACCAGUAGCUUAUCAAAAAUGUUGCAAUCUGAUUGGCUAUGCCACUCUCUGUCUAUCCAGUGAUAGUUAAUGAAAUGAUCAGCCUAGCAGCACAAUGUGUGGUUGUAAGCAUAUUGGAUUCAACACUUGUUGCCAACAAGUUAAUAAUGUUAUCUCAAUUUUUAUGAGUCAUCUUUAAGAAGAGCUUUUCCCUCAUCAACUAUCACAAGAUAGAAAUCUCAAGCUCACAGCAUAGUUAUUAAUUAGUAUUUGUCAAAUUAUUUCCUAUGAUAAAUAUGGAGCUUUUUUACCCUUAAGGAGUUUUCUUGGUUUUACUUUGAGUUCUGAUUGGCCACUGAUAAUUUUUCAGUUGUUCUGAUUGGCGAUAACUUUGGUUUGGUGCUUUGAUACUCAGUUAAAGAGUGCUCAAGAGAGAGGUAGAAGUAGAAGUAGAAGUAUGGUUGAUCUUAUGAUUAGAAUAUGAUGACAUUUGGCUGGUUCCAUCAUUUGCCAACCAUUUUAUAUGGUCAAAAUGAUACUUUGUUCUUUCCCAAGAUUGGGUACUUAUUGAAAAGCAAAGUGCUUCAUGUCAUUGUUUGGGUUUACAUUAUGGAUUAGCUGCUAGAAAGGUUUAACAAAAUAAAUGACAUACCAUGGAAUGGAUCUACCAAUAUCUUAAACUUUUGCUAGACAAAUUCUUAGUUCUCUUGCUGUAUGUACAUUUUGCUUCAUUCGCCAUGUUCAUGAAUAUGCUUUGAUAUAAAAGUAUCACUA